AUGGAAACUCGACCGGGAGGAUUCGAAAAACUGGAAAAAGCCGGCGUGAGUCAACUCUCCGAUGAAAGCAACAAUAAGACUGAGAUCGGAAAACGACUUAACGAGCUUCGCUACUCGUUCGCUGGCAGAUGGAAAGACAAGUACCCGGAUCGUGUAGAUGACUCGAUCGACCCGGUGAUCCACAAGAAGUUAGAAGAAUGCCAGCAGCAGUUACAAGCAAUGUCAGCUUUUUCGGAGACGUCCAAUCAAGUGGAGAAUGGCGGAAGUACAGCUAUACUCUCUCCAGACUUUAAAUGGGGUAACAUAUUUGCCAAAGUCGACAAGAAAAUCAAAGUCGAGCGAUUGAGCCUUCAAGAAGACGAAAAGAACGUCAACAAAGAAGAGGCGAAAAUAACCGGGCCGAGUCUCCGGGGAAAUGCUUACACGGGUAUCAGCUAUCGUCGCUUUAAACCUGAGGAUAUUUUCGCCAUUACUAGGACAAAUUUGGAUCCAAUGGUGGAAACGUAUGGAAUCGGCUUCUACUUACACUACGCCGUCUCAUUCCCCGAUUAUUUCAUCAUCGCCGAACAUGCCGGGCAACCUGUCGCUUAUAUUAUGGGCAAAGAUGAGGGCGAUGGUGAGAACUAUCAUGGACAUGUGACUGCGCUCACCGUUGUUGACCGCUUUCGUAAACGACGCAUCGCCACGUUUUUGAUGGAAAAAUUGGAGAAAACUAGCGAAAAGAAAAACUGCUAUUUCGUGGAUCUUUUCGUUCGUAAAAGCAAUGUUGCCGCGAUCCGUCUUUACGAAUCUCUUGGUUACAUCGUUUACCGGGAAAUCAUCGAUUACUACACUGGAGAGAAACCAGAGAACGCGUACGAUAUGCGAAAGGCUCUUCCGCGUGAUGUGAAAAAGAAAAGCGUCAUCCCGUUAAAGCAUCCGGUCCACGCAAAUGACGCCGAU